UCCGUCACGCUGAAAUAUAAUGUAAAUAGUCUAAGUACAUUUCUGGGUGGGCGUUCCAUCUUUUUAAGAAUGAGAAAAAUAUGAAUUUUUUUUAUUUUUAAAGAAAAAAAAUAGGGUUUGUGUUCGGACAGCAUGAACACCAAAUUAAAUGGGCACGGGAAAUGCUACAUAUUUUUUUUUAAAAAAAAGGAAAAGGAAAAUGUUACCAGAACAAAGUUGUUGUCACAGCCAGGCCUCCGAGGAGUGUUUUGACCAUAGUGAACAGUGUCUCCGCCGUGAACCACCCAAGAACAGCUCAGCAGCACCACCGCCACCGCCGCCUUUACUGCAACCGCGCCGCUUACGCCGAUUUUGGUCUACGCUGAUUGCCGCCUCGCCUCCUCGCUGCUCGUCUCUAGGCGUCGUCCAUCACGUGACCUUUCGCCUCCGCCUCCUGAAACAACUCGAUCGUCGCUGCAUAUUCUACAUCUUGAAGCUACCAGUUGCUACACUGCCCUUCCAUUCGUUGCCUCGCGUCGCACCGCCAUCCUUCACCUCGCGCUGCCAUCCACCUCCUCGCUGCGCCAUGCCUCCCCACAUUUUCCGAGCUACAGUCUCAACAUCCUCCCAAAUAAGGGAGUUGAUGUUAUACUUGUCCCGAGAGAGUUUAGUGAAAGGCGUCAGUCGGAGGAGGAGCUUGGCUACUUAUUUGUACGAUUGGAACAAAUCCAAAUCUCCUUACAAAACCCUGGGAAUUGGGACUAAAGAGUUAUAGAUUCAAUCAUGGUCAAGAUUGGUUGGUGUUCAACCAUUGAAUUACAAAGAUGAGAUCAACAAUGCAUAAGAGUGGAGAUGAGAUCAACAAUGCAUAAGAGUACAAGUGGUGCUGUAGAAAUUGUGUGCUUGAAAGAUAGGAACAAAAGAUUAAAAUAGCGGUAGCGGAUUGAUAACUUGAAUAAAGUAUGUCAAUUAGU